AUGGACUCCGCCGAUUGGGGCCUCGAGGCGGUCGUGAGGAGCUGCGGCGGCUCGACCGUAGUUCCCGGCUCGGAAGCAGAGCCAGAGCCUACAGCGGCGCGGGCGCGGGCUCGCCGGGGAGUCGUCACCCGUGUGGUUUCCUCCCUGGAGUUCGUCGGGCGACGGAUGAAGGCGGCAUCCUCCUCGUCGUCGUACGACGUCCUGGAGCCGCCUCGGCCGCCAUUCUCCAUCACGCCGUCGUCGACGUCCCGUGAGCGCAACGUCUUCAUCUCCUUGCUGUCUGCCUCGACGUCCGGGCAGACGCUGCCGGGGAGGAAGCAGACUGGCCGGAAACCGGGCGUUGGCACUCCCACUCCCAGGCAGCGGAAAACAAGCAGGAAGAAGGUGGUGCGGUUGGUGCCGGUCGAACACGGCGGCGUCAACAACGGCACCGUCGACGACCUGUGGGCGUGGCGCAAGUACGGCCAGAAACCUAUCAAGGGCUCCCCCAGAGCGUACUACAAGUGCAGCAGCCUCAGGGCGUGCACGGCGCGGAAGCUGGUGGAUCGCAGCCGGGCCAAGCCCGAGAUGCUCAUCGUCACGUACAUCGACGACCAUUGCCACGCUGUGCCCGUGCCGAUCAACACGCUCCCCGGCACGGCGCACCACCCACCCAAGUCACCGCGCGGCACGACGACGUCAGGCGAGGCGGUCUCAGCCAGGCGCCAGGUGGACGACGCCGACGUAACGUCUUGCAUCGCUGCGGAGUGGGCGGACGACAAGUCCAAGCUCCCGGAACCCGUGGGGCUGGACGACUUCUUCGGCUCUUUCGACAACACCGUGUUUUCGAGGAAGUGGGCGACCACGUUUGACGACGACAGGUUUCUUCCCUGUAGUUUGUGA